UAAGCACGUUUUAUAUAAUGAGUUAGCAAUGGUAUCGGAGUGAAAAUAAGGUGGCGAUGAGUAGUCCUCCGGUGAAUUCGUUGGCAGUGGCAUACGAAGCAUGGACAAGUCUGGCAGUCCCAGAUUGGCUGAACAAAGGAGACAACGCAUGGCAAAUGGUGGCGGCCACGCUGGUCGGAAUCCAAAGCAUGCCGGGGCUGGUCAUCCUGUACGGAAGCAUCGUGAAGAAGAAAUGGGCCGUGAACUCGGCCUUCAUGGCCCUCUACGCCUUCGCGGCGGUGGUCAUCUGUUGGGUGACGUGGGCCUACAAGAUGUCCUUCGGGGAGAAGCUCCUGCCCUUUUGGGGCAAAGCCGGGCCCGCCUUGGGCCAGAAGUUUUUGCUCAAGCAGGCCGCCCUGCCCGCCACGCCGCAUCACUUCAGCAACGGCGAGCUGGAGACGGCGGAGAUUGAGCCCUUCUACCCGAUGGCGACCAUGGUGUGGUUUCAGUGCGUUUUUGCGGCCAUUUCGCUCGUUAUCUUGGCGGGGUCGGUCUUGGCUAGGAUGAGCUUCAAGGCUUGGAUGAUGUUCGUGCCGCUUUGGCUCACCUUUUCUUACACCGUUGGCGCCUUCAGCUUGUGGGGUGGGGGUUUCCUCUUCCAUUGGGGUGUUAUGGAUUACUCUGGUGGCUAUGUCAUUCAUCUUUCUUCUGGGAUUGCUGGCUUCACUGCUGCUUAUUGGGUCGGCCCAAGAUCCAAGAAGGACAGAGAGAGAUUCCCCCCAAACAACGUCCUACUCACGUUGGCCGGGGCCGGCCUCCUCUGGAUGGGAUGGGCCGGUUUCAACGGCGGAGAUCCCUACGCCGCCAACACCGACUCCUCUAUGGCUGUGCUUAACACCAACAUUUGCGCCGCCACCAGCAUCCUUGUCUGGACCUGGCUCGACGUUAUUUUCUUCAAAAAACCCUCCGUUAUUGGAGCCGUUCAGGGCAUGAUAACUGGCCUUGUUUGCAUCACUCCUGGAGCUGGUUUGGUUCAAGGAUGGGCAGCCAUAAUAAUGGGAGUGCUUUCAGGCAGUGUCCCAUGGUUCAGCAUGAUGGUAUUAGGCAAAAAGUUGAAAGUCUUUGAAAUGGUUGAUGACACCCUCGCCGUGUUCCACACUCACGCUGUGGCUGGUCUUCUUGGAGGCAUACUCACUGGCAUAUUUGCGGAGCCACGUCUAAGUACACUCUUUGUACCCGUCACCAACUCCAAAGGUGCAGUCUAUGGAGGCUCUGGUGGAGUCCAAGUCCUUAAACAAAUCGUGGGAGGCUUGUUCAUCAUUGGUUGGAACCUCGUCGCCACUUCAAUCAUUUGUGUGGUUAUAAGUUACAUCGUUCCGUUGAGAAUGACCGAGGAAGAGCUUCUCAUUGGGGAUGAUGCGGUUCAUGGGGAAGAGGCCUAUGCGUUGUGGGGUGAUGGAGAGAAACUUAGCAUCUACAAAGAUGAUACCACUCACCAUCAUGUCAUCGCUAGUGGUGCCACUCAAGUCGUCUAGUCUAGUUAUAUCUACGCCUUCAAUUCAUCUUUCUUCUUUUCGACAUAUGAUGUUCAUUUUCUUCUCCUUAAUUUGUCUCCGUCGACAUGAUUAAAUGUACAAAGUCAUGUGCAGUUAUGUGUCUUGUUAUCCUUUCACUUCCAUAGUUUCAACAUUCUAUGCCUUCAUAAUCAUGUAUGUAUCCGACUUUAUGAGCUUGGAACUUGAAUUAAAUGAGUAAGUAAUUUUAACGGUUUC